AUGUCGUCCAAAAACAACUCUUCGCAUCCGGCGAUCAAUCUCAUCGCGGGCGGAACCGCAGGGCUGUUCGAAGCGCUGUGCUGCCAUCCGCUCGACACGAUCAAAGUGCGCAUGCAAAUCCAAUCGCGGGCGCAGAACCCGAGCGCCUCGUCCACGGGCUUUCUCGCCACCGCGCGCCAGAUAGCCCACAACGAAGGGCUGCUGGCGUUCUACAAAGGCCUAGGCGCCGUCGUCAUCGGGAUCAUCCCGAAAAUGGCCAUCCGUUUCACCGCCUACGAGUUUUUCCGCACGUUGCUCGCGGAUCCCAGCACCGGGGUCGUGUCCACGGGGAGCACGUUUCUCGCUGGUGUGGGCGCCGGCAUCACCGAGGCCGUGUUGGUCGUGAAUCCCAUGGAAGUGGUCAAAAUCAGACUCCAGGCCCAGCACGUCCAGUUUGUGCCCUUGGUGGCCGAAGUGGCAGGCGCUACGGGGCCUGGAGGAGCCACAGGCCCGGCCGCGGCCACUUUCUCCAGUGCAGCGUACCAUUCCGGCCAAUCUGCCACUACCAACGUCAAAGCGGCUGCCAAGUACAAAAACGCAGUGCAAGCCGCGUAUCUUAUCGUCACCGAGGAGGGUCCACGAGCCCUGUACCGUGGUGUUUCGCUCACCGCGGCCCGUCAAGCUACAAAUCAAGGUGCCAAUUUCACCGUCUACUCCACUUUGAAAACUAAGCUCCAGGACUACCAUAACACCCAGAUGCUCCCGUCAUGGGAAACCUCUUUGAUUGGGCUCGUUUCCGGUGCCGUUGGCCCAUUUUCCAACGCUCCACUCGAUACCAUCAAGACUCGACUUCAAAAGGACAAAUCCACGUCCAAGACCUCCAGUUUCACCAAAAUCGUUGCCAUCUCCCGACAAUUGAUUCAAGAAGAAGGUUUCCGAGCUUUGUACAAAGGUAUCACUCCUCGAGUCAUGCGUGUAGCACCGGGACAAGCCGUUACUUUUACCGUUUAUGAAUUAAUUCGCAAACAGCUCGAGAGUUUGAGAGACUAA